ACUGCAAGAGCAUAUUAACUCUAAUAAAAAAUCUAAGUUACUUAUUUUAGUGCAAGAGUAAGAGUUAAUAAUGCAGGGAUUUGGAGACCAGAUUUUUAGCUCUGAAUCUGGUUUGGAAAUUCAGAAACUUGGAAAUGAUGAGUUUGAUGAUGAUGGGAAACCUAAGAGAACAGGAAACGUUUGGACUGCAAGUGCACAUAUUAUUACAGCAAUCAUAGGCUCUGGAGUUCUCUCACUAGCAUGGGGAGUUGCACAGCUUGGAUGGAUUGCCGGUGUUGCGACUCUUGUCCUUUUCUCCGGCAUCACAUUAUAUACGGGCAGCCUCCUCGCAGAUUGCUAUCGAUCCCCAGUUACUGGAAAACGCAACUAUACUUACAAGGAAGUUGUCAAGAACAACCUUGGUCAAGUGAUGUAUAUGUUUUGUGCAACGGUUCAAUAUGUGAACUUAACCGGGAUGGUGAUCGGAUACACCAUCACAGCAUCGAUAAGUAUGGCUGCAAUCCAGAAGUCGGAUUGCUUCCAUAGCCGAGGCCACGAGGUUUCAUGCAGUGUUUCUCACAAUCCAUAUAUGAUAGGAUUGGGAGUUCUCGAGAUUUUCCUGUCUCAAAUCCCCAACUUCCACAAGCUGUCGAUGCUCUCUGUCGUUGCAGCCAUCAUGUCUUUUGCAUACUCGUCUAUAGGCGUAGGGCUCGCCUUUGCAAAAGUUGUUUCAGGGGACGGGGGAAGAACCUCGCUCACGGGUGUAGAGAUCGGAGCCGGUCUAACAGCAGCUGAGAAGAUUUGGAGAAUGUUUAGACUAGCUUAA